AUGCGUAUUCAAAGAUUACAGAAUCUCUCUCUAUUUCUGCUAAAAUUGACUAUUUUAAUAGUCCUGAUCAUCUUCUUUAUGCAGUAUACUUCUCUGUCUCUAUAUCAAAAUGAAGUAAAUGUCGCCCCAAAGACGUAUAACAAUUUCGAAAAGGAACAAUCGCUGUGCCUAUCCAUUCCAAAAACACAACAACUUUCUAAAAAACGAAAUUGUCCAAAUUCAGGCAUAGUCACUGUUAAAGAAGGAGGUCGUCUCGGAAAUCACAUUUGGGCGUAUAUAUCAGUAUUGUUGGUAGCAGAAGAAACCAGCAUGGAACCCUAUGUGCCCAGCUGUAUCAAAUCAAGACUCAGCACUUUAUUUGACAAUUUAAAUUUACCAGUUAUUCGAGAUAUAUAUCAUUGUGCUAUUAACGGAACAUCAAAAAAUCAAAACAUCAUUUUACCAAUGCAUAUAUCUAAGCCCGAAUUAUUGGCACACCGAAUAAAUUAUAUAAAACAAGUAUUUAGCAUUAAACAAAAGUUGUUAGUUCAAAGUCAAAAGAAAUUACACGAAGGUGUAAAAUAUUUAAAUUCGACAUUUCAUACCUUCGUCGGAGUACAUGCAAGAAGAACGGAUUAUAUAGCACAUUUAAAAAUAAAAUUUAAUGUUGUACCGCAAGUGACUAAUUUUUUUAAAUCUGCUAUGUCGUAUUUUGAAAAUAAAUAUCCUAAAACGAUUUUUAUUUUUGUAAGUGAUGAUCCGAACUGGUGUUUUCGCGAAUUUGGUGCUAAGAAAAACGUUUAUGUUACUGGAAGAGGUACCAAAAACUCGCCAGAAUUGGAUGUAGCCAUAAUGGCGUCUUGCAAUCAUUCUAUUAUAGAUUAUGGAACUUUCGGACAAUGGGGGGCGCUUCUUGCGGGAGGGGAAACAGUAUACUAUGAAAUUUCUUCAAAGUAUUCUUCGGACGUAUUAGGAAAGCAUUUGAGCAUAGUCACUGUUAAAGAAGGAGGUCGUCUCGGAAAUCAAAUUUGGGAGUAUAUAUCAGUAUGGUUGGUAGCAGAAGAAACCAGCAAGGAACCCUAUGUGCCGAGCUGUAUCAAAUCAAGACUCAGCACUUUAUUUGACAAUUUAAAUUUACCAGUUAUUCGAGAUAUAUAUCAUUGUGCUAAUAAGGAAACAUCAAAAAAUCAAAACAUCAUUUUACCAAAUGAUGAUCCAAACUGGUGUUUUGGCGAAUUUGGUGCUAAGAAAAACGUUUAUGUUACUGGAAGAGGUACCAAAAAUUCGCCAGAAUUGGAUGUAGCCAUAAUGGCCUCUUGCAAUCAUUCUAUUAUAGAUUAUGGAACUUUCGGACAAUGGGGGGCGCUUCUUGCGGGAGGGGAAACAGUAUACUAUGAAAUUUCUCCAAAGUAUUCGUCGGACCUAUUAGGAAAGCAUUUAAGUAACUGGCAUACAAUCAAAUUGUCUUGA